AUGCUUGAUCCCAGGACACACCACCCCACCGAUUCUUUUCAACUCUACGAUGGAACCCGACACAAACCUGAUACCACAUGGGAACUCGCGAACUCUGUUAUGUGGCCUUCCAAACCGGCUUUUGAGGAAGUAAACGUGGAUGACUCUGGAAUUUCUUCACCUCCCAUGUGGACCACCAGCCCCCGACACCGCAACAGCAACCACCGAGGCCUUUCACCGACGUCCAGGACCCAGGCCAUAGUCAGAGGGCAGAGGGAACUCAUGGAAAUGGUGAAGAACAUGCCCGAGUCCAACUACGAGCUCUCCUUGAAGGACCUCGUCGAGCACCACAGGCUAGAGAACUCCCUGGAGGAUAAGAGGAAUUUGACCGUCUACAAGAGGGACAAAAGUGGUGGCGCUGCUGGUAAAAGGGUUGAGAAUAAGAUGGCACAGGUGAAGAGAAACGGGAACAUUGACCGUGGAGGUUUUUACCUCAAAAUGGGGCUUCCUUUUUCUCUGGGGUCUAAGGACAACAAGAAGAGCAAGAAGAAGAAGAAGAAUGAGUCCUCUGGGAAUAGUAGUUCGAGAGUUACCCCUAAACCUGAUGGAUCAACAAAAGGUGGCGUUGAUAAGGACUGGUGGAAGAAGAGCCCUUCAGCGUAUAAAGGGAGUGAUAGUGGUGAAUCCAGUAUCAAUAGUGACAGUUCCAAAAGUUCUGGUAGCACUAGUAGCAACAGCAGCAGCAAUAGCAGGAGUGACCGCAGCCGUGAGAAGGGUGGUAGGCUUUGCUGGCCUUUCAUUCGCAGACGCAAAAGCCAAACACAAAAAUAA